UUGGUGUGAAAAUGAAUGGUUUAAUAACACUACCCUGCUAUAUUGUUAGCGAACACGUGGUAUUAUAGAUUCAACCAGAGCGUUGUGGUUUGCUUUAACAACCUUUGCUUUGUGGUUUGCUUUACUAACGGUUAAUAAAACUUGGAUCCGCCCGUUUCCGUGAUUGGCAGUGGAGGUGCCACGUGCUUCCUGCAGCCUACGGGAAUCUGAAUCGACUCACAGCGCUGCGUUUACUACAGCCACUCACUCAACAGACCUCACCACCGACACCCGGUCUUACUUGCCUGGAGAUAGGUGAAAGCACCAUGGAAGCUCCAAGUGGCUUUGAUAUUGAUGCUCCACGCUGGGAUCAGUCCACUUUCAUGGGCCGUCUCAAGCACUUCUUUAACAUUACAGACUGUCGCACCGCCCUACUGAGUAAUGCCAAACUGGAUGAAGCAAAAUCUUUAGUGGAUAGUUGCAGAGCGGGCUCUAUCCCUCCAGGUACGACUGAGGAACAGCUGCAUUAUGCCAAGAAGCUCUAUGACUCAGCAUUUCACCCGGAUACCGGUGACAGGAUGAACUUGAUUGGCAGAAUGUCUUUCCAAGUGCCAGGGGGCAUGGCCAUCACUGGCUUCAUGCUGCAGUUCUACAGGACGGUGCCUGCUGUGGUGUUUUGGCAAUGGGUAAAUCAAUCCUUCAACGCUCUGGUCAACUACACCAACCGCAACGCUGCCUCCCCCAUCACACCAAAACAGAUCGGUGUGGCUUAUGCAACUGCAACAAGCACCGCAUUGGCCACUGCUGUGGGUCUGAACCUCUACACAAAGAAAGCACCUCCUCUGGUGGCUCGCUGGGUGCCUUUUGCAGCCGUGGCUGCAGCUAACUGUGUAAAUAUUCCUAUGAUGAGACAACAGGAGAUUUUGAAUGGCAUUGCAGUCACAGAUGAAAAUGGCAAUAAAAUUGGUGACUCGAGAAAAGCUGCGGUAAAAGGGAUUACACAAGUGGUCAUUUCCCGAAUCACCAUGGCAGCACCUGGCAUGAUAAUCCUCCCUAUUAUAAUGGAGAGACUAGAAAAAUACAGAUUUAUGCAGAAAAUUACAUUUCUUCAUGCGCCAUUGCAAGUGAUGAUGGUUGGAGUAUUCCUGAUAUUCAUGGUGCCUGCAGCAUGUUCACUGUUUCCACAGAGAUGCUCUCUGCCUGUGUCUAAGCUGGAGCCAGAGCUCAGAGAAUCCAUCAUCUCCCAGUAUGGUGACAGCAUCACCCAUGUUUAUUUCAACAAAGGCUUGUGAUACUGUUAGCCUGCUUCUCUUAGGUUUGAGGAACAUCAUCUGAUCCUGAUCUUGGCCAAUCCAGAGCAAGACCAGAAUAACUGGUUACUCACAUUCAUACAAUUAGGACAGCUGAUUUUUUUUUUUCUUCUUUUUUAAAUAUUUUGAUCUUAUUACUUUUCUAUAGUAUUUUACAUACUUUGUGGGGGUAAUGGUUUUGUUAUAAAUUUAAGGGCCUUUGGCCUACUUCUGAAAAACCUUGUUUGUGCAUUGUUCCAACUCGAGUUAGGCCAGAAAUUCAACAGGAGAACACGAUUUCCUGGUAACUUGUGACCUGGAUAUAAAUAUGGACAUAAAUAAGUGUUAAUGGAAUUGGUUUGAAUGCUGAUUCAGUAAAUACUUGUUUCAUCUGA